UGACUGCCUCCCAAGGAGGUGGAGAGACGCCAGUCCGGACCCGUGGACCCGAACGCCCCAUUCCCGCACAGAUCCGGAUGGCGGCGAAGGUGACGCUGGAGCCCGCGGGUCGCAGCCUCUGGGACAAGCCCGUGCACAUCGCCGUGCGCGGCCUGGCCCCGGGGCAGCCGGUCACGCUGCGCGCGUCCCUGCGCGACGAGAAGGGCGCGUUGUUCCGGGCCCACGCGCACUACCGCGCCAACGCCGCCGGCCUGCUGGACCUCACGAGCGCACCCGCUCUGGGCGGCAGCUUCGUGGGGCUCGAGCCUAUGGGGCUCUUCUGGGCCCUGGAGCCCGAGAAACCCCUGCUGCGGCUGGUGAAGCGGGACGUGCAGAUGCCCUUGGCCGUAGAGCUGGAGGUGCUGGACGGCCACGGGCCCGAGGCCUGGCGGUUCCUAGGCAGGGCGGUGCACCAGCGCGUCUUCCUGGGACCCGGGGUGCGGCGAGAGCCGGUGCGCGCGGGCAGGGUACGCGCCACGCUCUUCCUGCCGCCAGGUGCAGGGCCCUUCCCUGGGAUCAUUGAUCUGUUUGGAAGUGGUGGUGGCCUUUGUGAAUACAGGGCAAGCCUCCUGGCUGGACAUGGUUUUGCUGUGCUUGCUCUGGCUUAUUUCAGAUUUGAAGACCUCCCUGAGUAUUUGAAUGAUGUGCGCCUGGAGUAUUUUGAAGAAGCCGUGGACUUCAUGCUGCAGCAUCCAAAGGUGAAAGGCCCUAGUGUGGGGCUUCUUGGCUUCUCCAAAGGAGGUGACCUAUGUCUUUCAAUGGCAUCCUUCUUGAAGGGCAUCACAGCCACUGUACUUAUCAAUGCCUGUGUGGCCAAUACAAUAGCUCCUCUGCAUUACAAGGAUAUGAUUAUUCCUAAUCUUGGCAAUGACUCAAGGAAACAUACAAUCACUGAGUCAGGCCUUUUAAAUUUCAUGGAUAUUUGGAACAAUCCACUGGAGGAACCCCACCACCAAAGUGUUAUUCCACUGGAGAAGGCCCAGGGACCCUUCCUAUUUAUUGUUGGCAUGGAUGAUCAUAACUGGAAGAGUGAAGACUAUGCUCACAUAGCCUCUGAACGGUUAAAAGCCCAUGGGAAAGAUAGACCUCAGAUAAUCUACUACCCAGGAACUGGUCAUUGUAUUGAUCCACCUUAUUUUCCUCCUUGCAGAGCCUCUGUGCAUGCAUUGUUGGGUCAAGCAAUAUUCUAUGGAGGUGAGCCAAAGGCUCACUCAAGGGCACAGGUAGAUGCCUGGCAGCACAUUCAAACUUUCUUCCAUAAACAUCUCAAUGGUAAAAAGUCUGUUAAACCCAGCAAAAUAUAACAUUGUAACCACAGACCAGAUACUAUUAAUAAAAAUCCUAUUCAUACAA